GCGCCGAACCGGAAGUCUUCUCGUGUCUCUCCGUUAGCGGCCGCGACGGCGGGCUGAGCGCGCGAAGUGUAGUAUAAUGAGGUCGGAGGAGAUGAGUGUUGAUGAGAGAUCGCUGCGCAACGUCGAGCCCCCGACCAGGCUGAAGUGAAGAAGACGACACCGCCGGCGAUGAUCAUGAUGAUGAUGAUGUUUGCGGUGCGCGCCGCACCGAGACCGAAACCCGCGGGGCUGAGCGCCGCAGAGCUGCUGCUGCUGCGAAGAAGGACCCUGAGCCAACUGGUCCUGGGCGUGGAGACGAGCUGCGACGACACCGGCGCCGCUGUCCUCGACCACAGGGGCCGCAUCCUCGGCCAGUCUCUGUGCUCCCAGAAGGAAGUGCACUUACGGAGCGGGGGGAUCGUUCCCGUGGUGGCGCAGCGGCUCCACCGGGAGAACGUGGAGCGGGUGGUCCGGGACGCCCUGAGCCAGAGCGGCGCGCGGCCCCGCCAGCUGUCGGCCGUGGCGGCCUCCGUGAAGCCGGGCCUCGCCCUGAGCCUCGCCGUUGGCCUGGAGUACAGCCUCGCCUUCGCCCGGCGACACGCCAGGCCCUUCAUCCCCAUCCACCACAUGGAAGCGCACGCCCUGACGGUGCGACUGACGCGGCCGGUCCCCUUCCCUUUCCUCGUUCUCCUCGUCUCCGGGGGCCACGGCCUCCUGGCGCUGGCCAGGGGCGUCGACGACUUCCUUCUGCUGGGCCGAACGCUGGACGAAGCUCCCGGAGACACCUUAGACAAGGUGGCAAGACGUUUGUCCCUCGCGAAGCACCCCGAGUGUUCCUCGUUCAGUGGCGGACAGGCCAUCGAGCACCUGGCUAAAGGGGGCAGCAGGUCAAAGUUCCCCUUCAAGCCGCCCAUGGGGCAGCACCUCGACUGCAACUUCUCCUUCGCCGGCCUCCGGAACCAGGUGACGAAGGCCAUAGAGAAAGCCGAGCAGGAAGAAGGUGUGCGGCCGGGCGAGAUGCUCCCCUGCGUCCGUGACGUUGCUGCGGCUACGCAACACGUCGUGGCGGCCCACCUGGCUAAGCGCACGCAUCGCGCCGUCCUCUUCUGCAAAGCCGGUGGACUCCUGCCGGAGGACAGCCCCGCUCUGGUGGUAUCAGGAGGAGUGGCCAGCAAUCAGUACAUCAGGAAGAUCUUAAAAAUCAUAACAGAUGCCACUGGUUUGUUGCUGCUCUGUCCACCAUCAGAGCUCUGCACUGACAAUGGAGUCAUGAUCGCAUGGAAUGGCAUUGAAAGGCUGAGGGAGGGGAAAGGAAUUAUGAAGCACACCGAUCAUGUCGUCUACGAGCCAAAGGCUCCUUUUGGCAUCGAUAUUACAAGACAGGUGAAGGAGGCAGCAAUCAAGCUUCCACGGAUAAAGCUGGCUAUAAGUGAUUGAUUUGAAAUGUUAUGCUUGUUUUUUCUUUGUUUUUAAUGUAUAGAAUUUUCCAUCAGUAUUGAAUGCAAAAUAUCAAAAUGGUUUGAAUGUACGGUACGGAACAAAUGAAAUUAAAUUCAUAUUUUUAAAAAA